GGCUCGGGGUGGCGCAGCUGGAGGCCCAGGAAGAAGCAGCCGCUCAGUCUCUCCGGCACGAUGCGCUUCGCGGCGCCCGACGCCGACGCGGGAGGUUUGGGGCGCCGACGCGGCGUGGGCGUAGGCGCGGUCGCCACCUUCAGCCACGGCUGCGCCCUGAGCCCCAGCCUCAGCGCCCCGCUGCUCUCCUGGCGGCCCAGCUCCCGCGGCGGCGCCAACGUGCGGGCGCCCGGGAGGCCCGCGUCGCCCGGGCCGGAGCUCCCUGCACUCGGCGGCGGCGCGCAGCCGCCGCUGUCCUUCUCGAAGACAUGUACGCGAGCGCCAGGCGGCGCACCGCCAAGAGGUCCGCCACCAUGCGCCAGGGCGGGCCCGCGUCCCCCAGCGCCUCGCAGCAGCUCGCCAGCCUCAGGGGCUCGCGGCCCGCGGCCGCGCAGGGCUCGCCCUGGGGCGCCGCGCACGGCGGCGCCCGCGCCGAGGGCGAGGCGGCGCAGGUCGCGCUCGCGGGCCCGGUGUUGCAGUCCUUGUUCGGCUCGGAGGCGCCGGAGGCGCCCGAGGCCGCCGCGAACGCGGCGCCUGAGGAAGGGCUCGACGUCGAUUGGAUGGUGAGCGUGCUGAGCCCCGACGCGGCCGCACCGAGGGAGGCUGCGGCUCCGGCCCUCGAGGUGGCCGCCGCCGCCGUGGAGCGGCAGGCGCCCACGAAGAAGGUCCGGAUCCAGGCCGCCGUGCCGCCUCCCCGCCCGCAGGGCGCCGCCGCGGCCGGCCCCGACGCCGGCGGGGGGCCGCCCGAGGAGCCCCGCAAGGCGUCCAGGAGCCGCACAUCCGCCAGGGGCUUAGGCGAGGCGCAGCAGCCGCCAGCGAAGGCCGCUGCGAGGCAGACCCAGGACGGCGGCCAGGAGAACGGCGCCUCCUUUCCAGACGCCGCUUCGCAGUCCCUCAUUGGUUCCGUCGAGUCAGCCGACCUGUCUGUCGGGUCUGCUGGCAACGACGAGCUGUCGGAGACAGACCUGGACGAUCACGAGGAGAGGUGGAGGACUGCCUUCAACCGCUUCAAGGCUCCCGGCGAUUGCGAGGUACACGUGGACCAUGUCGGCGAGCUGCUCGGCUUCCUGGGGCACGGGCUUACGAUGCUGGAGCACUACGGGCCGCUGCUGAGCGAGGUCACGCAGUAUCACUACUUCGACUUUCACGAGUUCUGUACUUUCAUGAUGACCUACCAAAAGUGGGAGCGCCACAAGAUGCGGGAGAUCUUUAGGGAGUACGACACCGACGGCAGCGGCGAGAUCUCGAUCACUGAGCUGCGACCCCUGAUGGCCAGCCUGGGCCUGGUGCCGUUUACGGCCACCAUACGCGAGGCGCUGAUGGAGGUCGACGACGGGAACGCGCAGCUCAGCUUCGAGGAGCUCACCCGCUUCCUCACGGUGUACUCCAAGAAGCAGGGCUUCUCCUCGGCCGAGACGAAGGAGCUCCGCCUGCACUUCGACCGCUUCGCUGGGCGGGACCCCGACGGCGACGCCGCGGCGCUGGACCCCUCCGCGGCGACGCCCGCGGGCUCGGCGGCCGCGGCGGCGGGCGGCGGCCUGGAGCAGCGCGCGGGCACCCCGCCGGGCUCGCCGGGCGCAGAGGGCGCGAGGCCUGGGUCGUCGGGCCGCCUGCUGCGGAGGGCCACGAACAAGCCCAGCGAGCCCAAGAUCAUGGUACUUGCUUGGCUGCCCUACGUGGAGACCGUCCUGACGCUGAGCUGCGGGCACCAGCAGGCGCAGUUCGCCAGGGCCGUCGUGGAGCGGUUCCUGCGCGCCCAGGGCUACCAGGGCGCGGGAAGCGCGGCGGAGGGCCUCACGUUUGAGGAGUUCCUGGUCGUGGCCCGGAUGAUCCGCGAGUGCCAGCGCGAGAGGCUGAAGCAGGACAAUCCCGACAUGGUGGAGCGUCUGACGGACGCAGGUUCCAAGAGGCGGAGCACUGUGGCGCAACCGAAGGUCAGCAGGGCGACGAUGAUCGUGGAAGCCGCCAGAUCUGAGAAGAUUUCCACCACCAGCUUGUUUGAGAUGGCCGACGAGGAUGGCAAUGGAAGCGUCUCCAUCUCUGAGCUGAAGAGCCUGCUCAAGGACCAAGGCUACACGGCGCUCAAGGCGGUCAUCUCGGAGAUUUGCAUGGAGCUCGUGCAGGGUUGGGACACUGAUUACGAGCUCGACUUUAACGAGUUAUAG